AUGGAUAUCGCACCGAGAGAAUUAAAGGAGGAGAAGGAAUGUCUGUCCUGCCGAAAUGUACUGUGGUACCUCGUUUUCUGUGGGUUCGCUGUCUACUAUAUGGUGAAAUUGAACCUCAGUCUCACCAUUAUCGCUAUGGUAGUGGCACCUCCGCUCAAGUCAACAGCUUCUGCACAAUGCGCGUCGAAUGAACAGCUAGAGAAUUCCAAUUCGUCCAGCCUGUGGACCAAUGCCACGUCACUCACGAACUCUCGGGAUAACAAGACCACAAACACCUCUAUCACAUCGUGGGACUUGACGCAAACACUGGAACCCAGCCCGUCAAACAAUCAAACCCAAUCAACUGAUCGUUUCUCGUGGAAUGAGUACGACCAAGGUGUGGCUCUCGGUGCAUAUUAUUGGUUUCACUGGAUCAUGCAAUUCCCUGCCGGCCUCUUGGCACAUCGAUAUGGAACUAAGCUGAUCUUUGGAUUGGCCAUUUUUAUCCCUGCUGUGCUAGGUUUCUUGGAACCGAUUUUCGCACGCUAUCAUUUCUACACCUUUGUGCUUUUAAGAGCUCUUCAAGGUGGAGCAUCAGGCGGCUGCUAUGCCUCCAUGCAUUCUAUGACAGCCAAAUGGAUUCCUGUUACCGAAAGAAGCAAAUUUAUCAGUGCGUAUACCGGCGGUUCAGUGGGAGCAGCAAUUGUCUACCCAAUGUGUGCAAUACUCAUAAACACGUUUGGAUGGGAUUCAGUUUUUUACGUUACGUCAGCUCUUGGAAUUAUCUGGUGCGUCGCAUGGUAUUACCUGGCUUUCGAUACACCACAAGAACAUCCUCGUAUUUCAAUGGGCGAGAAAACAUACAUCCUGGAACGAGUAGGGAAUUCCGUAAACGUCAACACUUCUCGAAAAGUCCCAUGGAAAGCUGUUUUGACAUCACGUCCACUCUGGAUAGUAACUAUUGCACACAUAGGCUUUAUGUGGAGCCUUAACAUUUUCAAUUUGGGAAUGCCCUCUUAUUUCAAUUAUGUUCAUGGAUGGAACAUUAAGGCGGUUGGCAUGUUUUCGGCGAUUCCUAAUGUAUUGCGAAUGCUUAUUUCCUAUACAUUUUCGAGUUUUUCGGAUUGGCUGUUGAAAACGGAGAGGAUGUCAAUGAUGUGGCUAAGGAAGUUGGCAAUCCUUUUGAGUUGCGGUAUUCCAAGCAUAAUGCUGUUGGGUUUGGCUUUCAGUGGUUGUCACCCAACCUUAGCCAUCAUAGCCAUGAUGGGAGGUCUAGGGUUGAGUGGUGCCAAUUCCGCUGGAACGCUAUCCGUCACUGUUGACUUGAGUCCAAAUUACGCAAGCAUUCUCAUCGGUAUUAUGAAUGCAUUCGGAUCAAUUACUGGAUUUGUAGCCCCUAUGAUGAUCGGAACCCUGACCAACAAUAACCAAACGAUUGUGCAAUGGCGCCUGGUAUUUCUCAUUACAGUUGCAAUAGUGUUUUCAACUUGCGCAGUGUAUAUAUUUUUUGGAACAUCAAAAGUGCAGCGGUGGAACCAUAAAGAUUAUGAAGAAGAUACCGUAGAGCUUGAGAAGCUUCGGUCAAAAGUGAACAAAGUCAACAGUGAGGAAACGACCGCUAAUAUUUAGAAAAAGAGGGAUAACUGUUCACACACAGAGCUCCAGGAAUGCUCUAUUGCCGAAAGAUUGAAUCCAAUGACCUCAAUGGUCAACGAAGAUUAUUCUGCCGCUCUGGAAAUUCGCUCGACUGCUUAUAGCGCUGCAGGUCCAAGUUCGUCGACGAGAUCAAUGCUGCGACUGGAGAAGUCUGAUCUUUAA